AUGAGACUCUGCGCCUUUGCAUGGGCUCUCUCCACCCUACAGACCACCACUUGGGCGGCGGAUGUCCAGGACGCCGAUGCCGCCGAGGACUUGGCGGUCCUGUCGCGGCGCCGGGUGGCCGACCUCGCCGAGUUUCCGGACCCUUCCUGGUUCAACAGCGUGCAGAAAUGGAUCGACACGCAGAGGCCGGACGGCACCUGGGCUGAUGUCAAUUACCUCUCGGGAUGCCCAGCGCGACGUGCCAAUUGGCCGAUCCAGGAGCAUUGGAACCGCAUCAUCACGCUGGCGGCGGCUUGGAGCGGCGCCAGCUUGGUGGCGGAGCGCAAAUGGGCGAAUAGCACCGAGGCGUGGGACGUGAUCUCCAACGGCCUGGACUAUUGGUUCAAGAACGACUACAAGCCACCCGCGUGCAUGGGUAAUGGCGGCAAUGCUACGCUGGGCUGCCCAUGUGGCACGCCAGGGCUGUGGAAUACCAACUGGUAUGGUCAGGCCAUCCUGAUACCGCAGCUCAGCUCUACUGCCUGUCUGCUGGCCCGAGACGGAAGCCUCUCCCAGGAGCAGCGCGAGGGAUGCGUUCGCCUGACCAAGCGCACCUACGACAACAUCGACUUGUCCUACGGCACGGGUGGUAAUCUCACCGCUUCCAAUGUCGUUCUUGUUCUGCAGAGUGCCGUCAGUCUCGGUCUGUUCACCUCCAACGCGACCAUUGUCGAAAGCGCCAUGGACCGAGCAUUCAGUGUCAUGACAUUUUCUGACUCGGCUGGGCAAGAUGGUAUUCACAGGGACGGCUCGUUCCUACAGCACGACGGUAUCUUAUACAACGGGAAUUAUGGUAAAGAUUUGCUCAACGUUUUUAUUCAACUAGAGGGCGAGGCUAUCGGCACGCGUUUCGCUGCCAAUGACGCCACUCGGGAAGCCAUGUCGACCUACAUCAAAGGCGACGAGUGGAUGAUCUUUACCGAUCAACAGAGGAAGCAAGAGCACUGGGAUUUCAAUGUCAUCGGCCGCUUCGUCAGCUACCCGACCCAGGAUUUACAAGCCAGUGCCGACAUCAACUUCAACGUCACCAAGCUCGCGCGGGCCGUCGCUGACUUCACCGGCCUCUCUUCCGUCAACGACACGAUACGCAGGCUCCUGUCCAACGGCACCGACCCUCUCAUCGGGAACAAGGCCUUCUGGACCAGCGACUACAUGGUGCACCGCAGGCCGUCCUUCACCAUCGGCAACAAGAUGCUCUCCUCGCGCUCCGCCAACUCGGAGCUCGUCAACGGCGCGAACCCGCUCGGCUACCACCUCGGCCAGGGCACGCUGUUCACCUACGUCGACGGCGCCGAGUACCGCGACGUCUGGGCCUCGUGGGAUUGGGACCUGAUCCCCGGCACCACCGUCGUCCUCGGCCGGCCCGCGCUCGCCGCGACCGCGGUCAAGCACCGCGGCAAGCGGGAUUUCGUGGGCGUCGUCAGCGACGGGCGCGUCGGCGCCGCCGUGGAGGAUUAUCUUGAUCCGUACGACGGCCACAUCGCGUACAGGAAGGCGUGGUUCUACCUCGGCGACGCGGUGCUCGUGAGCGUCGUCGACGUGCAGACGCAGGACGACGAUGCGCCGGUCAUCACCGUGCUGGAGAACCGCGCCAAGGCGGACGGCGGUGCGUUCGUGGAUGGGGCGCGCGUGGAGGUAGGGAACGAUACGAGGGCGGUCGGCAGGACCCUGUUCUACGGCGGCAACGGGUAUCUAGCGUACGGCGCGCCGUUUGACCUCACGCUAUCCGAGGGUGAGCGCACGGGCAACUGGUCGGCCAUCUCGACGUCCACGGCCGGCCUGGCCACCGUGCCCAUCUUCUCCGCGUACACAGCGCUCGGCAACGCGUCGAGCGCCAGCUACGCGCUCCUGCCAGCGACCACGCGCCGUAGGUUGGCCGAAGAAGCCGAAAAGCCCUCCUGGAUCCCUGUCGGGGCGCGCGGCGUCUCGGGCGCGGCGGGACAGGGCGGGCUCGCCGUGGUAUUCUGGCCGGGAGCCGGUGACGGCAGCGCGCUGAGCGUGGACCUGGCAGAAGUAGGGUGGGCGGACGCAGGGACGCUCGAGGUCUCGUCCGGCGCGCCGGGCGUCUACCUGUUGACGGGUAGGAGGACGCGGCAGGCCUUGCGGCUGGAGGUUUCGGCUGCGGACCCGACGCAGAAGCUUGAGACGGCCAGGCUGGCGCUCCGCUUCGAGAGGAAGAAAUCGUGCCGCGCGGCGCGGGUCCAGCUGAACUUUGAAUUUGCGUUGCCGACGGGCGGCAUGGCUGGCUCAACGGUGCAGCAGACGGCGUCGUUGGAGCUGUGGUGA